AUGUUCGGGUUACCGGGAAUUGUGGGCAAAGGUGUCUUCGGAGGGAACAGCAGCGGCGACAGCAAUCGGAGCCGCAACAACAACAAGAGCAAUAACAGCAGCAACGGCAACAAGAGCAAAACGCUCACGUAUCUGCUGUGGCUGGUCGGCGGAGUGUGCGGCCUGCACCAUUUCUACUUGGGCAGAGACCUGCAGGGCGUACUCUGGUGGUGCACGUUCGGUGGGUAUUUCGGAUUCGGUUGGCUCAGGGACCUGUUCUACAUCGGCGAGUACGUGGCCGACGCCAACAAGGACGAGAAGUACAUGAAAAAAGUCGACUACAUGGUCCGCGUGUACGAAAAGCCACCGUUUUCUACGGUUCGAUUCACUGGAAUGGUAGUAGUGGCAUAUCUUUUCAGUACUGUUGUAUCUCUAGCAAUACCCGAAGACAAUGUGGCAGGUCUUAGUUGGCAAUGGUUACAAGUAUUUACUCCUCUAGCUGCUGCUAUAGGUGUAUGGGCCGUGGGAAAUAUUGGUCAUGAAACAGGAUCUAUUAAAUGGCCUUUAAUAUGCGCGUACUUGGUACCCAUGGUUGGUAAUCCGUUGAAAUCAUUUAUUUUUGAUAAAUGGGGCUACGAUAUUGAUGAAUCUACAUCAUUUGCCAUAAUGAUAUUAUCUGCAGCAUGGUCAUUUGAUCAUUUGGAAAAACGGUGGAGGCCAAAAAACCAAAAGACCCCAGGCACCUUAAAGCGAAUCGUUGUGAUCAGUAUGUGCUGUUUAUUAUACAUGGCUUUAUGGAGUAGUUAUUUGUAUUUCAACGCCAAAGUGACUGAUGAAGAUGGAGACGAAGUACCAUUCCACGAGGCACUAGGACAUUUUUUCAGUUCACCAUGGUGGUUAGAUGUAAAACAAUCAUUUAUUGAUGUAUGGCAAUUUGCCCAAGAACAUGGGUGGAUGGAGACUUGGCGACAAAUAGUUUCAUUAUCUGAUCCUUCGGGUGAACAAAAUGCUUUUAAGGUGCUGGAAUUAAGAUCAGGAGCUACACAAACUGAAAUAAAAAAUCAAUGUCGAACAUUAGCAGUUAAAUACCAUCCAGAUAAAGCUAAAGAUGACGUAACUAGGAAAGAUGUGCAAAAUCUAUUCUUUGAAGUACAGCAAGCAUGUGAACUGCUAUCAAAUAGUAGAGCUAAAAGGCGAAGAAGAAAUAAACAAUUUAAUGAAGAGCUUUAA